AUGAGUGGGAAGUUCGAGCCCAAAGCUCCAGUGAACCUGGACCCUCCCAAGGAUGACCCAAUUUCUCUCGAGGAACUGGCCAAGGCCAAUGGCAAGGUUGACCCGCCCAGUCUCCUAUUUAUUGCCCUGCUCAAAUGCCUAGUAGGCCGUCAUUCUAACAUGGUUCCAACACAGGGUAAAGUAUACGACGUGACUGGGAAAACGGCCUACGAACCUGGUAACUCAUACCACGUCUUCGCCGGCAAGGAUGCCUCAAGAGCACUUGGAAAAUCAUCAGUCAAGCCUGAAGACGUCAGUGCAGAUUGGCAAGACCUGAGUGACAGCGAGAAGAAGGUCUUGGAUGACUGGGUCACCUUCUUCUCCAAGAGAUACAACAUUGUCGGCCGAGUAGAGGGUGCAACAAACACCGACUAA